AGGCCGGAGGCGGUGAGGCGCGAUGGGAUGGGGUCGGGCGGUGCGGCGGGCGCUGCAGUGCGGGGCGGCGGUGGUGGCGGCGCGGGGCCCGGCCCGGAGCAUGUGUGCCCAGGCGGAGGACUGGCGCUCGGCCAAGGCCAUCUAUGAUUUCCACGCCCGAGACAUCGAUGGCAACGACGUCUCUCUGGAGAAGUACCGAGGCUACGUCUGCAUCAUCACCAACGUGGCUUCAAAAUGAGGAAAAACCGCUGUAAACUACACUCAGCUUGUUGACUUGCACGCCAGAUACGCUGAGAGGGGUUUACGCAUCUUGGGCUUUCCCUGCAACCAGUUUGGAAAACAGGAGCCUGGGGACAACGCUCAGAUUAAGGCAUUUGCUGAAAACUACGGUGUGAAGUUUGACAUGUACAGUAAGAUCGACGUCAAUGGGGACGAUACCCACCCGCUCUGGAAGUGGAUGAAGGAGCAGCCCAAAGGAAGAGGCACCCUGGGCAAUGCAAUAAAAUGGAACUUCACUAAGUUCCUCAUUAACCGGGAGGGCCAAGUGGUGAAGAGGUACAGUCCCAUGGAGGAUCCCUAUAUCAUCGAGAAGGACCUGCCUGCCUAUCUGUAGACCUGUUCAUCUCGCCCCUGCACUGUCCCUUCACCCCAGCAUCGGCUCUCCUGCUGCCUGUAGAGUCUUCUCAUCCAGCCCCAAUGACGGUCUGUCUUCAAGCCAGCUUGCUGGUGAGGCAGACCUGAAGAUCUGGCGUGCACCUGCUGGAAGAAGGCUUCAGGGAGCCGGCGGCUGCUGCUGGGCAACUCUUUUCUCUGGGCAUAGGGCAAGAUCUGGUGCCCCCUUGCAAUAAAUACAUUAGAAAUGA